GUACUUAAUGUCACGCGUGCUUAUAAGCUCGGCACGCGCAUUGGCAUCCAAGGGCUAUCAUCCUUUUGCACAGCACCGCUUCAUGCAAGUGUACCCCGUGCUAGCUAUAGUGAUCUGGGCCACUGUCAUGUGGCUCUAUGAAAACGAGCCGGAAAGUCUGCAUCCAUCGCUGCUCAAGAGCAUGCAAUUUAUUUACGACCACUCUUGCCGCUGGAAAGGUGACUUCAUGGAGUUUCUUCCGUCGCCGGCCACAACCGCCAUCUUGCUCUUAAAGUAUUUGCGGUUUUGAGCGCAAUGGCAGUUUCGUCUAUUGCUGCGAUACGGCAGUGACGAGUAAAUCGUCCCGAUGGUUCUGCUUUCUUUCGCCCUCAACUCUAUCACGUUAAUGAAUUGAACACCUAAUAACAUUCGUAAAAAUUAUAUAAUAGAGUUUUCAACUACGCCGACAUUCAAACAAGGAUUACGACAUGACAUUUGUAAUCGGUGUCCACACUAAGAAUGCUAGACUUUCUUGACGAGGAGAAAAUUAUAUUUGACGUCGCUCUAUUUUUUGGACCUGGAAAGGGCGGUGUUGACGUCUCAGAAUGGCUACGAGAUAUGUGAUAUGUGAAAGAUUCAGAGAUAAUGAAUGUAUGAAACUUUUGUAGGCGACUGGUUUUUUAGGAUUCGAAGCGACAUCACGAAACUAAAUAGUCGGUUGUGACAACAUACAUUAAUGUCCUUUUUGGAUCAGUGUCUCAAUCUACCACUUUUCAAGCGCGAAGGCACAUCCAGUGUCCACCAGUGUGGGAGAGUACACUCGCAUAGACAUUUUUGUCAUUAUUGUGACAAUUACCUAAUUUAGCACUCCUACAAAUCGCAUGUUCAAGGCACAUGCGACGCCCUACCUGCGUUCCCUCCAUCAUUUUCCAUAUCAAUCCAAAUUGUAUCGCUGUGAGUUGGCGACGGGGACAACCCACUUUAUGAGCGUGAGAGCGGAGUAUUCCUUUUUCCAUUAUUCUACUGGAUACCCGCGACACGCCGGCACGACAAUUGAAGUGGAGUGAGGCACCUCACUGAAAAAAGAAACCGAUUGGAGACGAAGCGACGAGGAACAGGGUGGCACUAAUCUAGUAGAUACAUGAACCCGGCCAGAGAUAAGGACAUGGGCCACGUUUUUAGCAAUUGCAGAAGCAACACCACUACAACCGCUCUGCAUCAUCCGCCGUCUCUACCACCCGUUCAGAUUUCUCCAGGAAGACAGCAUUCGUUGUCGGGCCGAACAGUAUCGUCGUCUCAAGAUAGUGAUGCUGACAACGAGAAAUUCGAGCGAAUAUUAGGCCGACGAAGGCGAAGGAAUAGUUUUGAGAGUAGUGCAAGCUCCAACUUGACGCACGAAACAACGGGGAUAAGCUCCCAU